AGAUGAGCAGCGCAAGAAGCUCAGUAUCAGUCAGUGUGUCUUCACAAUUCACACAUCACAAUUCACAGCAGAAUACCGCAAGUGAGAAAAGAUUGGAAAUGUUGGCGCAAAGAUUAUUCGUUGUAAUGAUAGGCUUGCUUGUAACGGAGUUAGCGGCAGCGCAUCCUCUAUGGUCAUUUAGUCCUUUGUUUGUCUCGGCGGAAGAUGAGGGAAUUGUAAGGGACAUUAAGUAUGCGGAUCAGUUGCACUCUUCGGAGGAAGUGACAACUAAAACGUGUGACAAUUUAUGCGCUACAAUUAGGUUGACUAACACACCACCAAAUAUUUUGGAAAAGGCUUAUAGAAUAUUCGCUGAAGUUUUGGUGCGCGACUCAAGGACAGUCAGUUCAACCAAAUUGAGAGAAGUGAAAGCGAUGUACGAGUAUAGCGACAAAGAAACGACCAUCGCCCAUUUCUUCCUUAUGCGAAAAAAUUUCGGUACAGUCAAUAUCACGUGGGAAGGCAAAGCAAUGUACAAUGCUAUAAGAGAAAUAGCCGCCAAUAUCUUUAAUUCCAAUAAGAUCGAAAACAAACCGGCUUGGUUGGAUCAAAUGAUUGCAGGCGUCGUCUGUAGUGUGCUAAGAGCUCAAGAACAGGGAGUUGCAGAUAAUUUGGUUGAUCAGAUCACAUUCGAAAAAGAAAUUAGCGAGCACUUCGAUGUGUUUACGCGAUUUUGGCUGGAUUACCCGAAAUCUAAGAGAGCACAGUAUAAAAUCUACACCACAAGUGCACCAAUAAGGCAAAAGAAACAAGCAAUUGAAGAGAUUUCAUGUGUAAUUCCAGCAUUUGAGAUUGCCGUAACAUCAGCCAAUACCGCCUACCGCGCAUUUGCUGUGAUUCUCGUACGUGAUUCGGCAACAGUCGUUGAAAGCAAAUUGAAAGCGAAUCCCGUGAAUAGAAAAGAAAAAAUCGAAUUGUCUGUAAUGUUGAUAAAUAUUGAAAGCUACGAGAUUUCUAAUGGAACUAUGCAAGGAAAACUUAUGCACCAGAAGCUGCGAAGAAUCAAUCAAGAAAUGGAUGAAGAAAUGGAUGACGAAGACUCAACCUGGCUAAGGGAUAUUGUCGAUAGGAUUUUUUGUCUUGCACAAAAAGUGCACACAGAAACUGAUUUCAAGUUGUUAGUUGGCAAUACCACAAUGACAGACGUAAUUAAAGAACACUUUGAUGUCUUUAAACAAUUUUGGCUGAAUUAGAGAGCUUCGAUACUUGUCUUAUGGUAUAGCGUGGAAUAAUGAUUUCCGAGCAGCUAAAUUAUGAUGUGCUUUUGCGGUUAUGCUGUUGUGGUACAAAAAUAAGUUAUUUAUUUAUUUUUUUGUGCAAACUAAUUGAUAUAUUUUAAAUUUAGAGCAAGCAAAUAAUGUUUGUGUUUGUAAGUAAUUAUUUAUUUCAUCAAUAAAUUAUGUUUUAAUCAGAAAUUUUGGAAUCUCUUAUA